GCAGAGUGGGAGCAGGCAUCAUGAAUAAUCAAAAAGUCGUGGCUACCCUGCUUCAGGAGUGCAAGCAAGCUCUGGAUGUGCUCUCACCCAAGAUGUCUGAUGCAUCGGAGGAAGACAAGAGAGAGUACCAGCAGUGCAAAGCUUCGCUCCCUGAUGAUCUAAGGACCCUUAUUGAAGAGGCAAAGGAAAUGAAGUGGCCCUUCGUGCCAGAGAAGUGGCAAUACAAACAAGCCAUAAGCCCAGAAGACAAAACAAAUCUGCAAGAUAUGAUCAGUGCAAGGCUGCAUGAAUUACUGGUUUAUUUGAAAGCCUCCAUCAUGGUCAAGGACUGUGCAACAGCAGCUGCUAUUGUGUUCCUGAUUGACCGAUUCCUAUAUUGGGUGGAUGCCUCCAGCAAACUUCUUCGGAUUGCCAAAGGCCUGCACAAGUUGCAGCCAGCCACACCAAUAGCCCCUCAGGUGGUUAUUCGCCUAGCUCGCAUCUCUGUAAAUUCAGGAAAACUUUUAAAAGCCGAGUAUAUCCUAAGCAGCCUUAUAAAUGACAAUGGAGCAACAGGCGUGUGGCUGUAUGACAAGGAAAGUGAUAGGAUUCUUGUUCAGUCAGUCUGUAUACAGAUCAGAGGACAGAUUCUGCAAAAGCUUGGAAUGUGGUAUGAGGCAGCGGAGCUGGUUUGGGCUUCAAUUGUAGGCUAUUUCAAACUGCCUCAGCCAGAUAAAAAGGGAAUUGCUACAUCACUGGGUAUUUUGGCUGACAUCUUUGUUUCCAUGAGUGAGAAAGAUUAUAAUAGUUUUAAAAACAACUCUCAAGUUGACCUGAGCCUUCUCCAAGAGUUUGACCAUCGCUUACUGUCAGCUGCUGAAGCCUGCAAGCUGGCAGCUGCCUUCAGCCAGUACACCCCGCUUUUUGUGCUCACAGCGGUGAAUAUCCGUGGCACAUGCUUAUUGUCCUAUAGUUACUCCAGAGAAUGUCCUCCAGAGAAGAGAAAGUUCUAUUUGUCUGAAGCUAAGGAAUCCUUUGAAAUUGGUCUUCUCACCAAGAAAGAAAAUGACCCUGUCACUAGCAGGCAGGAGCUUCAUAGUUUUAUUAAAGCAGCUUUCUGCCUUACAACAGUUCAUCGGCAACUCUACGGGGAAAGCAAGAGACUCUGUGAGGUGAGACAGCUAUGUAGCGAAGCCAUGGAGAAACUGUACACUUACAGCACUUCACCUUUCACUGAGGAUCAAGACAAAGAAACACUUGCCAAAGAGAUCAUGUCUUUGAUCAUGUCUGUCAAGGAGCAUUUAGAAGUACAGAGCUUCCCUAAUUCAGAUGCCAGGUCUUAUGUUCCUGAUAGCUACAAAGGUGGAGUGGAAAAGCCUAUCUUGCGUGGUGAAGUGAAUUUUGAGAAAAUCCUUGAAAUGCAUUCCCAGCAUCAUAGGUCAAUAAGUGAAGUGUUUGAAAGUACUUGCAGGAGCCAGGAAACCAGGCACAGAGAAGCCAAAAUGGGAGCUUGCAUCACUGCCUUAAAAACUGAAACUAAAAAUGUAGACACCAUGUGUACCACCGAAGAAAAAUUACACUGUGGCAAAUACAUUGCUAAAAUCUCUGAUUCACAAAACGCAAGAAGAAGCCGUGAGAGACUCAGUGGCCGAAGAAGAUGGAUUAGUUCUAAUGUAAUGAACGUCUCCCUUGAAGAAGAAAUGGAGAGCAAGCCAUUAGACAAAGUUACCAAUGAUGAAGAUGGCAUUUUCAGCCGUUUGCAAAGCAGGAGUCAAACCACUAGUUCUUUGAAGUCUUGGAGCAAGUUGUCAAAAUCAAGUUCCUCUGCUAGCUGGGAGGAGCUAGAUUGUAACGCUAGCAAUAAACUGCCCAGAGAUUGGCAACCAAGGGAAAAGGGCUCAGUGGAUGAGCAGUGUUGCACUGCCUCAACCGAAUCUACUGAGGAAAAUGUUCAAGCUGGUAGCCUGCACUCAUUGUCCUUCCAAACUCAUCAUCUUACUCUUCAAGAGCCACAGAGUGGCUGUUCAGGUCCUUCUCAGCAUUCAUUAAAGAAAAAUAUGCUCUUUGCUAAUAGAUUAGCAGGUGCGUCCUCAGCUUCCAGAGAAGGGCUCUUGCAGGGGACAGAACCUGAAAGGGAUGCCUCAAAACAGAACGCAGGGGAUGCCAAUAGUAUAGACUUCAGGAAUAAUGCUAUUUCUUUCAUGGACUUAAAGGGUGCCCAUUGUUCUGGUCCCAACAAACCUGAGAGGGAGACGAUUUCCUCUUCCUUGGCAGAAUUAGAAUCCUUUGAAAUGAUUGAGUCCAGAACCAAGGACAGCAAUAGAGACUUCAGUGUUAUUCGCAGCCCUACUCAGCGCAGCAUAGUGGAAGGAAAUGUAAUAGUUGCUGAAAGGUAUAAAAGAAUCAGAGAGCCAUUAUCUAUAAAUAAUUAUGUGUGGAUUGACCCGGAAGGAGAUACUGUAGACAAUACAGAGGAUCUGCCAAUUGAGCCUCAUGUACCUAUAGGUAAGGUAGCUACUACGACAUCUAUAAGCAACAAGCCAGAAAUAGCAAGUGAUUCCUUUGUAUGUAACUGGAUUAAUAAAUCUUCUGCUGAAAUGGCUGGAAAUGGGUCUUUUGAAAUGCCUGAAGUCGACACCCAGUCCGAUACAGAAGAUGAAUGGGAGUUUGCUUUCAGCAAUAGCAGGAGCUCAGUAAACAACUCUCCUGCCAUGAAUGCUCCAAGGCCUCAACUUAGCCACGGGGUUGGGAUCAGAGUUUCACCAUCAGGGAGGGAGAAGCCAGAAGCUGACAGCUUCAAUGACUGUGCUACCACAGAGGAAGAUGAAGCGGAAAAGUACAGGAACAUUCUGAACAGCAGCCACAGCUCAAGCUCCUCUCUGAAAUCAUGGUACAAAUCAGCUCAGUUUUCCAGCAGUUUCUCUGAACUAGAGAGUCCAUCUUUUCUGAACUCCAGUGGGAGCUCUUUUGUCUUUGUGCCUGGGAGAACCAAAGAACAAAUCCUAAAAGCUCGCUUUCUAGAGGAUGCUGACUAUGAGAAGCUCUUGUCAGGUGUUGAGCAUAACUGGCUAGUGCAGAGACUGGAGACUACUGGAAUAUUUAAGGCUAGACAACUCCACAAAGCAUACUCUGCUCUUCUUCUGAAAUACUCUAAGAAAUCUGGGCUGUGGACAGGCCAGGAAACAGCUGUGUAUAUUGGAGACUACCUGAGCGUGGCGAAGGAAGGCAAACAAAGGAAUGCAUUUUGGAUACACUUUCUGCAUCAAGAAGAAACUUUGGGAAGGUAUGUUGGGAAAGAGUAUAAAGAAGAAAAGGGGCUUCUUAACCAUUUCAUUGAUGUAGAGCGACAAAUGACUGCCCAGUACUAUGUGACAGAAUUCAACAAAAGGCUGUAUGAGCAAAAGAUUCCAACACAAAUCUUUUACAUCCCCUCUACAAUACUCCUGAUAUUAGAAGGCAAAUCUAUAAAAGGAUGUGUGAGUGUGGAGCCCUAUAUUCUGGGAGAAUUUGUGAAACUAUCUAAUAACACAAAAGUAGUAAAGACAGAGUACAAAGCCACAGAGUAUGGCUUGGCCUUUGGCCAUUUCUCAUAUGAGUUUUCCCAUGGCAAAGAUGUGGUUGUCGAUUUGCAAGGUUGGGUGACUGGUAAUGGAAAAGGCCUCAUCUACCUCACAGACCCCCAAAUUCAUUCUCUUAAUGGGAAAGAUGUUUCACACUCCACCAACUUUGGAGAGAAAGGAAUCUAUUAUUUCUUCAAUAAUCAACACGUGGAGUGCAAUGAAAUCUGCCAUCAUCUUUCUUUAACGAGGCCUUCGGUAGCAGAACCUAACUAG